AUGGCUGGAGAGAAAUGCACAAGUGAGUUUGUGCAAAGGUUUUCUUUCAACCUUCUUCCGUCCAAGAAAUUCUCAUUCCUUGAGGAGAGACAGACAUUACAACUCUUCUUGAAAUGGUCCAUGUUAGGGAGAAUCUCAGUUCAGGCAUAUAACUUUGACCAGAGCUUCUACCCCUACAACAGCAGGGACUUCACACUGAGUUUUUUCCAGGACCCCUGUGUGCAGGCCAACCUGAGGAGGAUGGAAGCAGGGGCAUGGCAGCCUCUAGACAGCCCAGUGGUCUCAGUAGAUGUGGAGGUGGUGCCGUGCAACAGGGUUUCCAUGGAGCUGUUCGACCCGCUGUACUCCAGUGGAGUCCUGAGGCCUUCGGGACACAUCGUCAAAUGUCUCCAUGACGUUCAUCCAGACUACGAUGAACUGAGACGGAUGCUCCAGGAAGAGGAGUCCGAGUACUACGACGUGAUUGGCAGAGAAGAGCGCGGCGAGUUCCUGUUCCGCCUUUUCAAGCACCUGUGUUUGGGAGGAGAGCUCUGUCAGUACGAAGACACCGUCGCCCCCUACGUCGACACAACCAAGCACAUCUACAGAGACCUCAUCAGUGUCCAGAAAGAAGCUGAAACCAAGAAGAUCAGUGUUGUCUCCACCGUGCUGAAGGUGUCCGCCUACGACGAAGCCGGUCUCUGUUACCCGGGGCGACGAGGGGAGGAGGAGGAGGAGCAGACGUUCUCCUACCUGAUCGUCGACCCCUUCAGACGCCACGUGUUAGUCUUCCACCACUGUCACGGCGUGGGCUCCUUCAAGCUGUAACUCCAGACCUCUACAGGGAACACCAGCAGUCCUAGAGAGAGCCAUCCUACUGCUACUGCCCCUGCGGUUCCCUUCUGUGUUUAUCGAGGAGGUGCGUCUGUGUGGCCACUAGGUGGCAGGAUGAACCCUGAGCGUAAGUGGAAAGGGGGGCGGGUUCUGUCUGUCUGGGAAUUUGCCAGAUCGGGCACGUUCGGAGCCUGUCCCAGCCGAGGGUUCCCAUUGCAUACCUCUGUCUCUCUCUCUCUCUCUCUCUCUCUCUCUCUCUCUCUCUCUCUCUCUCUCUCUCGCUGAUUCUAAAUGAUGGGAUGGGGGGAAAGCCUAGGUAACUCUAUUCAAAUGUUACCGAUUGACUCGUGCCAGAUCGGAGAUUUAUUGAGGGGUGGAUGUUGGAAAGAGGGAAGCAUUUCCAGAGUAUCCGUAGAGCCUCGGUUUGAACACAACAGACAGCUGUUUGGUGUAAAAACGGAGUUCAAGUCUGUCAGCCAGCCAGCUCCAUACCCUUACUUCUGAGCUGCUCUCCUCUCUUUCCUUCUUUCCUUCCUGACCUCAGAUAUGAGAGGACAAGAGGGCAAUGCCUGACAAGUCACACAUUCGAAUAAAGUCCUGUAUGAGAGUCUGUUUAGAUGAGUAGAGAAAAACACAGAUGGUCAUAAGUGUUUGUUUAUUUCGUGACAAUAAAUGAGAUGUGCUGUGACGAAACGUUCCAUAGUUGUAUUCAUCGAGUCCAACUUGAAAACGUGCAUUUUGACAUCAUUGCAGAUAUUGCAUACAGUAGAUUUACCUUUAGUGCCUUCUUUGCUAUUAAAGUGUGGGUGAACAUUUACACGAAGGUGAAAAAUACGAUCAUGAAGUAAGAAAAUGAGUGAGAGUGGUGGGACCGCAGAGAUGGGACAGAGAAAUUGCUGUGGCUUUAACUCCAACCCCGCCCCUCAAAGGGAUCACGGGGCCGCAGUAAUCUAGCUACUACAGUUUCUGAGAAAGUUUCGGGUCGGUCUGCCAAACUGAGAUUUAUAUCGUGUGUUGUUAGUUCCACUCUCUGUAAUGAUAUGUUUGUAUCCCUUUAUUUAUAUUACGUUUUUGAAGACUUGCAUUGGGAUUUAGUUACUGUGUCUUCGGAAUUUGAAGCGAAACGAUCUUCUGCAGAAAAAAAAUCUGUCUGGCAGUUUGAAGG